UCUGCAUUCUUUUUGUUGAAAUUAAGGAAAAGAAAAUAAUGGCUUGCCCUUCAUCAAUGGCAAUGGGGGAAAAUGGGGAAGAUGAAGUAAUCCAUGUGCUGGCUGUUGAUGACGAUCCAAUUAACCUUAUCAUCCUUGAGAAAUUGCUCAAGUCCUCUUCUUGCAAAGUAACAACGGCAGGAAAUGGAGUGAGAGCUUUGGAGUACCUGGGGUUAUUAGCAGGGGAUGUCCAACACAACUCUCCAAACACCAACGUACCAAAGGUGGAUUUGAUAAUAACAGAUUACUCCAUGCCUGAAAUGAAUGGCUAUGAGCUUCUUAAGAAAGUCAAGGACUCAGCCAUGUUUAAGGAUGUUCCAGUUGUGGUGAUGUCAUCCGAAAACAUUCCAAGUCAGAUAAACCAAUUCAUGGAGGCAGGAGCUAAGAUGUUCAUCCUGAAGCCUUUCAAGCUAGCUGAUGUGAACCAACUCAAAUCUCAGUUAAUGCAAUCCUGA